AUGGCCGGAUUGCAGAAAUGCAAUUCUGUCGCUAAACCAUCUUUUUCAAAACCCAUUGUAACAGCAACUGAUGAUCACCCGUGCUUUGACGCUACACUGUACAGGCGUAUCAUAGGCUCUUUACAAUAUUUAACAUUGACUCGCCCGGACAUUGCUUACGCGGUCAAUGUUCUCUUGCAACACAUGCACGAUCCAGCUCCUCAACACACUCUAAUGCUCAAGAAACUAUUAAGAUAUAUCAAAGGCUCGACGGACUUUGGUAUACCCCAACUACGAACCUUUUCGGAUGCCGACUGGGCAUCAGAUUCAGUGACCAGGAAAUCCACGUCUGGUUAUUUCACAUUUCUGGGCAAUACAUUAGUCUCCUGGACAGUCAAAAAGCAAUCCACCGUCUCCCGCUCAUCCACGGAAUCGGAAUACAGGGCAUUGGCAGCGGCCACGACGGACACGCUAUGGAUCAGACGAUUACUUUUGGACUUCCGCAUCAACCUGUCCAACCGGUAG